AUGGCACCACCUACAGCAGAAGCAGAUGAUUUAGAUGAUGGAUUAGAAUACGAUGUUCAAUUAUCUGAAGAUGAAAGUGUUGAACAACCAAAUAAUACCAAUGAGCAAGCAGAACAACAACAACCUGACGAUGAGGUAACGGUUUCAAAAAAGAGAAAGAGAUCCGAAGGUCAAUCCAAUUUUAAAGAGAAAAAGAAGAUGAAAAUGGAACUAGAUACAGAGCAAAAGAAAAAUAUAUCAACCGAAUCAAAUACAGAAGUGAUUACUGAUUUCAUAAAUUCAAAAAUUAGUCGAAAAAAUUCAAAUUUAUCAACUUUAGAACUAAGUGAGUUAUAUUUUUCAAAAGAUAAUAUAAGGUCAACUUCUGAGUAUAAAAAACCUAGAACGCUAGAUAAUUUAAGUGAUUAUAUAAUUCAAAGAUUUAAAAAUAUGUUACCUGGUAAGGAGAAUAAGAAAGAAAAUAAGAAGAAUAAAAAGAAUAAGAAGAAAGAAGGUAAGAAAGAGAGUGAAAUUAAAGAUGAACAUGAAGAAGAUAGAAAAUACAUUGCAAUAGUUUCAAUGUCUGCAAUAAGAGCUUGUGAUAUUCAUAGGGCUACAAAAGAUUUAAAUGGAAGUUCAUUAAAAUUAAUAAAUAAAAAUAAGGUGGAUCAAGAUUUAAAAUUAUUGAAAACUACUAGAUCAAGAAUACUAUGUUGUACACCAGGUAGAUUACAAAAAAUUUUAAAUAAUGAAGAUUCAAGUUUAUCCAAAAAUGAAAUUAAAAUAAUCAUUAAACAGUUGAAGUACUAA